AUGGGGAGGUGCAUGGGCGAGGGCCUCGACCACCCCACCGCAAUGGGCCUCGCCUGCGGGGGCCACGUCCUGGUCAGAAUCGUGGGCUUCGCUCGGACUUACUGGGCGAGUGACGUCUCCAGCGUCGGGAAUCUCGCCCAAGCCGCCAAGUGGAAAAGCGUGUGCGAGGGCCUCGACCAUCCCACUGCCGUGGUCCUCGCUGUCCAAUGGCUCGCAACCACGAGCCCUGGCGUCAGACAUGUCGGACAUCAUCACCAUCUUAGCGUGCUGUGGCGCCUCCAGCGCCUGCCUGUGCGUCCUUACGCCUGCGCUUGA